GUGGACUCAGUCUAGGCAGAUGGGAGUUUAACUGUUUAGUAAGAAAAAAUAAUAAAAUAAAAUAAAAUAAAAUGACUGCGAAGAAGCAUAAUUACCUUUAGAAUAAAAGACCAGCCAGGAGGAGGAGGAGGAGGAGGAUGGAGGCUUGCUCGAUGAUAGGAGAAAGCACGGAUGCGAUUGUGAUGGAUGAUUCUCCCGUAGAUGAAAAGGAAAUUCAGGAGGCUUGCAGGAGCGAGAUCCCGUCGGUUUCCCUGUGCCCUCCUGACAGCUCUGCCGAGGCCCAGUUGACAGUCAUCCAGUCUGAAAAGGAGCUAUGUGACAGCUGUAGCAGCCUUGGAAGACCCUCUUCCUCCUUUCAGCUUUAUCACCAAGUCCCCCAGAGCCCGCAACCUGGGGCCUACGAUUCACCGCGGCCUCGAAAAUGUCCUCUCUGCAGCCAUCAUGGACCAAAUGCCUGUCGCAACAGUCACUCGGACGCCACUGGUUCCCAUGCAGAAGGAGGCGUUGUGGUUAAAGUCGGACACAGCUGCGGUUCUGCCCAUCAGGCAUCGGGUCACGGGGCAGUCAGAUGUCACUGGCUGCACGGGUCAAACGAAAGCGGGGCACAGAAACCAAAGCAGCGGCACGUGGUGACCGUGAGGAAUGGAGGACUCCACUGCAUCCUUAGAAAUUAUUCCCAGGUGAUAGUGGACUAUCCGUUGGCGGCCUUGAUUGGUUGUGCCGUGCUCUUGCUGGGAUGCUCACUGGCCGGACUCUUCAUUGGUCCACUGCCAGACUUCUCUGACCCUCUGCUGGGCUUUCAGCCACGGGGAACGUACAUUGGAGUUCGUCAGUCCAGCUUGUCCGAGCUGCAGGAGAACACUGGCACAGGGAAAACUCUGUCACCUUUACCGCAAAAGCUCAGUAAAAGAUACGGGGGUGCUGUCAGCAGAGACAGUAGUGGCAGUCAAGACGCCUCCAGAGUGCGAAUGAAAAGGAUGCUGGCUAAAGACUCCUCUCUGGACACCUUCUUCUGUGAUGCUCCAAGCGAGCGUUUGGCCCAGCUGGUGUUUCGAUCAGAAAACUCAGCCAGCCUCUGGAGCCUGAAGGCGAUCCACGCCAUGUGUGAGAUGGAGCAAACCAGGAUUCGCUCCCAGGCAAAGUUCCAGGACCUGUGCCAGCAGCAUGUGAGGGUGGAAGCCGAGGGAACGUCCAGAAGCGGCUGUUGUCCGAGCUGGUCUCUGGGGAAUUACUUGGCAGUCCUUAGCAAUGCCUCCUGCUGCCUCAGCCUCACCUCACAGCAAGUUUCUGAGUCUCUGAACCUCCUUCGGAAAUGUGCUCUGGACUACCAUAAAGGACAUCUAGUGGCAGCCUGUGUCGAGAGACCCAAACAUGGCAGCUGUUCCUCUGUUCCCUCCUACUGCAAACAAUCCCAUGUGGUGUUCCAAAUCCUGCACUUCCUAGUUGACAAAGACUUCCUUGGCCCGCAGACUGUUGAAUACCAAAUCCCGACGCUGAAGUACAGUCUUCUGUUCCUACCCGUCGACAAAGGAGAACACAUGAUGGAGAUGUAUAUGAACAGUCUUGAAGGCAGCGAUCUAACCUACAAUAAUACGACAAUUACUGGCAUAGACUUUGGCAUCAAGCAGAGCCUGUUCAAGUACUACCUGGCGAGAGAUUCGGUAUACCCUGUCCUAGCUGUUGUAUCCCUUCUUUUCACUAUGGCUCUAUAUCUCCAUUCUCCUUUUAUAGUAGCAUUAUCUGUAAUAGCAAUCAUAGGCUCCCUCCUAACCUCCUAUUUCUUCUACAAAGUAGCAUUUCGCCUGACUUUCUUCCCCAUGGUCAACCUCUCUGCUGCUCUUAUUCUCUUAGGAAGUUGCUCCAAUCAUGUUUUCAUCUUUGCCGAUUUCUGGAAUUUGCAGCUAUCCCAGAAUCCCUCAGCCUCCCUAGAGAAGAGAGUGAACAGAGCUUUGCAGGAAGUUGGCUAUUUGAUUUUAGCUUCGGGGUUGACUUCCAGUGCAGCAUUUUUCUCUGGCUAUCUCAGCAGCAUCACAGCAAUCAGAUGCUUCUCUGUUUACCUUGGAACGGCCUCGUUCAUCAGCUCACUGUUGGCGCUGGUGUGGCUGCCAUGCUCUUUCAUUCUGCGCGAGCGUCACACAAAGAUGUCCUCUGCAUCUGAAGCAGUGCAAGGGUGGAAACCCUGCUGCUCCAAAAACCCUGGUGGCUUCUGGGAUACAAGCUCACGCAAGAGAUGCCUCUUCAGUCUUGGGCAGAAGCUGAGAGAAUUAAAACGAGGUCUUGCCGACACCUCCAGUUUGUUGUUCCUAAAAAUCCUCCCUUGUGGGGUGGUAAAGUUUCGGUACAUCUGGGUGUGCUGGUUUACAGUGUUGGCUGCCGGAGGAACGUACAUGUCCUGCAUUGAACCAGGCAUGAAGAUGCCGACUCUUGACAGCACGGUCACCCAGCUUUUCCGUUCCAGUCAUCCAUUUGAAAGAUACGAUGCAGAGUACCGUCAUAUGUUUAUGUUUGAGAGACAGAGAAAUGGAGAGGAUAAACCUGUCACAUUAAUGCUAGUCUGGGGCGUGAAACCAACUGAUAACGGGGAUCACUUUAACCCAACAAGCAACGGCUCUUUAGUUCUUGACCCAGGAUUUAACAUGAGCCAACCUGAUGCUCAGGUUUGGUUGAGGGAUCUCUGCGGACGAGUUCAGAACCAGAGCUUUUAUUCUCCACCAUCACAUGAGGAUAAAGAGGUUUUAUCAGACAAUAUCUGUCUAGUGGAGCAACUAACUCAGUGGGUAUCCAUCCGAAGGUGCUCUGAGAGUGAUGACGCCUUUCAUUUCUGCUGUAACGACAUCCCUUUCCCCUAUCCUCCUAGCGUUUUUGAGAACUGCCUUAGUAUGAUGCUGGCGGAGAGGUAUGCCGAGGGCCAUCUGGCUCACAGCGGAGGCCUGUACUUCCAGCCAGAUGGCCGGGUCGCUGCCCUCGUGUUGGUCUUCAAAACCACAUACCUCUACAGCUUCAACUUCAGCAGAACUAGUGUUUAUUACAAAGAAAUACAAACAUGGUUUAACAGAGAGAUAUCAGGGGCACCACAUGGGCUGGAGAAUGGCUGGUUCAUCAGUCAGCUGUCGCUUUUUGAUCUACAGCAGUCUUUAAGCUCCGAGACUCUGGCAGUAGCUGGUUUCUCAGUAGCUCUCACAUUUGUGUUGCUUAUCUUAACCACCUGGAAUAUUCCAUUGAGUAUAUAUGGGACUCUUGCUGUGGGAGGCAGUGUGUUUGUCACCGUUAGCCUCCUUGUUCUUCUUGAAUGGCAGCUCAGUGGCAUUGAGGCUCUGUUUAUAUCAUCGGCAGCUGGGUUGUCUGUUGACUUUAUUGCUAAUUACUGCAUAUCCUACAGCUUAGCUCCUCAUUCAGACAAAAUUGGGAAAGUAGCACACUCCACAAAAAGGAUGGGAUGUCCCGUAGCAAUAGUUUCAGGUGCAUUCUUCUUCAUGGGGAUCAUAAUGUUGCCAGCCACAGCCUUGAUUUUCAGAAAGCUUGGGAUUUUCUUGUUUUUGGUGAAAUGUGUAGCAUGUGGAUUUGCAACUUUCUUUUUCCAGUCCCUAUGCUGUUUUUUCGGACCCCAGAAAAACUGUGGAGUUAUCAACCUGCCGUGUUUUUCCGAGCAGACAGAGGGCGUGCUGUCGUCUUGUUCCGAGCCCAGUUCCUCGUCAGCCUCGGCUGCUAAUGGGGCUUUUGGCAGAUCAAGAGUGAGGAGGAGCUAUGACAAAGAAGCAGGUGGUUACCUCUACCCCAACCACCAACGUCAGCACAGACAGAAACAAGCAGGAGGAGGCAGCGGGAACCGAGGGCCGGAGCAGUACGAGCUGCAGCCAUUGGCUUUUCGGUUGAGUGACAGCUUUGAAAACAGCACCUGCACCAGUAAAUUGUCCAACCGGCCCUCGGUUCUCUCUGAUGAGAUUGAGUACAGUGGGAAAGAUAUAAGCAUGGAUAGGGAGAGCGAGGAGCUUUGCAGUCAUCAGCAUAAGAUCUGUCAACCACCACCAGCCCUCCAGACCUCUUCUCCUUACAAAGAAAACACUCUCCGUCCGAUAGGCCUGACACAAGAAGACGUAGCCAAGAACAAGCUGCUGUGUAAAACCUGCAGGGAUCGAUCUGUUGGGGUGAAGCACUGGAGCAAUACAUCCUUUUCCUCAUGCUCAAGCAUAGAGGAGACCAUCAUCAGCCACACAAUGGAGACCACUGACCAGCCAUCGCUCUGUAGGCACGAAAAUACCACAGAGGACAGUCACCAUCAUCCUAAAGGGCACCUCUCCUUCCAGUCUCAGAGCUCUUGCGAGGGUCUGGAGGACUCCUGUGAAACAUGCCUCAGUGACAUAGAGCCAGGGCCUUCAAACAUACAGCAACCCGAAGGCGAGGCAGAGGUUAACUUACAACCAGGACACCUCAACGGGAAGAGAGAUACACUCCGCCUCUCAUUGAAAGAAACCGUUUAUGAGACUUGUGGUAAGGGCCGCACCAGCCAAAGUGAAGAAGUGGUCAUUUUGCCAAACAGUAAGCCAGACUUACCAGAUGUCUGGAUAAAGAGAGACGGACAGCGGGAGGAUACAUGCUGAGCAAAGUUGGUGGAAUUCUUCUCAAACACUGUGCAUUCAUUGAUCUUAAUUUAUUUUUAAAAUGAUUGCUGUAUUUGCAGAAGCAAACAGAAAUAACAAAAGGAGCUUAUAUUUGGACAAUAGUGAAAAAGGAAAUAUAAGCCAACUGCAAAUGUAACAUGUGGCAGCAUGUUUAUCUGAUGUUGCUGUUAGGGUUUUUUCAGUAUCUGAUGUGCCAGAGUGCCGGUGUCAAAGGUCAAAUCAAAGCAUGACUAGUUUAAAUAAGCAUUUUCAAACAGAAGGCAGCGAAAGUCGGUGCUUUCUGUUCAGCCACAAAAAAAAAAAACAUCCAUCACUGCACCUUUUGUCUGCAGAGUUUACUUUGUGCCUGACACUUUUUGACGUCUACACUCUGCACAGAGUGGGUUUUAAUAAAUACUGCCACAACGGUGUGCAGCCGCUGGCCUUUCUCCAUACUGACCCCAAUGAGCCAUAUACAUUCAUGGACUGGUGAAGUUUACAGAGAAAGAGCUGCACUGUGAAUACCCGUGUGCAGUGAUACAUCAAGUUUAUCUGCAUGAACCAAUCACGUCUAGAGUAUCACACACUUGAACACAGUGAGUUGGUUUUAUACUCUGUGGUGAUAGCAAUGUACAAUAUGUUCUUUGUGACCAUGACGUAGAAAAUCAGAAAACCUACAGUUAGCAGUGUCAUUUGUGGUGUCAUGGCUUGCUUUUAAUGUUUCCCUGUCAAAUUAAACAUGCUGUUUAUACUGGUGUCAGUGCCAAAAAAAUGUUAUGUUUACUUAUGUACUGAUUUUUAAGGGGACCUAAAAUACUUUUGUAGUCUGGAAGCCAGCCCAAAAAAUUUUUAGUGGGGUAAUUUCAGUCAUGAGUGCUCCAUUGGGAACAGAUUAUGCCCGGAAAAGAUGUGCUUGGAAUAAUAAUAAAUAAAUAAUAAAUAAUAAUAAUGGAGACAAACAAUCCUUCUUCUUGGUCAAUUUAAUUAACUGCAAUAUAAAAACAACCACUACUAUGCCGCAUUACUGCAGAUCUGUUCCGGGCUCAAAUAUCCGCUUCCAAUUGACAAAAAGGUUGUUACUUAGUAGGUUUACAUUUUGCUCGUGGCAAUGCUCACAAGACUUCUGCAAAACCUGCUAAUCAAAAGAAAGAGGGCUUUUUCGGCAGUAAGACAUCAAAAAGGAGGAGAAAACUAAAUUGUGAAUCAUGCCAAGGUACUUUAGCAGAGCCAAGCAAACAGCAGCAAAGACAAGAUAAUGGGUCCCCUUAAGAUGGUGAAAGGGUUUCCUUAUACAGACAUAACACUGUAAGAUUAUAAACUGUUUGCAAAUUAAGGUGCAUACUGUUCCAGGAUCCAUGGAUGUCAGCAUACAUGCCUUAGCCUUUGUGAAGAAGCAAGGGCUCUAACAUUUGUUUCAAACACAGUAACUGUACCAUCAUAAGUCACUGAAGGAACAGUUAAUAAUUUGCAGACCGUACUGCACUCUUAAGAGAAACCCCAAAAGGUCACUAUCCUUUAUUUAUCCACACCUCGUCCCACAGUUGCCACAUCAGCUUGUUCCUUGUAUUGCAAUAUCAUUCAAACAACUGUAUUUAUGACAUGAACAGCAUGUGCCAAAUUUCUUUCAAUAAGUUGUUUCAGUGGCUGAAACAGCUGGAAUUGUGUGUGUGUUUGUGCAAAGGAUGUGUAAGUAAAAUAAGACUCAUUUAUGGUCCUUAAUAUGGUGUUAACUAUAAAACAUAGAAGGUGUUGAAGGUGCGGCGACGGUGGUUCAGCUCUACGACCUUGACAAGAUUUGUAUGAAACGUGCCGGGUUACUUUCCAGCUUUCUCAUUGCAAGACGUGUUUGCUUUUGACAUCUUGACUGUAUAAUCACAAAUCUUCAAUGAGCCUUCACUCACAGAAACACCCUGCCUUACAGAAGAAUGAAAUCAAUCAUAGACUUUCUAUGAACAGAAAAAGGUCACCGCCGUUAUUAUUUGAAGCUGUUGAUGUUGUAGAUUUUUCACAAAACUGAAACAAAAUAAAACAUUUAUUUUCCUGCA